CAGCGACGGAAGGCGCCCGCCCCCCACUUCGCCGCUUUCCGCCGGGAAUCGCCCGGGAGAUCCCCGAGACCGAGGCCGCCGCCGCCGCCGCGCCAUGGCGAUCGCAAGGCAAGUGCUUUGUCUGUGUGCUUUCCUGUCCGUGCCGCACGCUCGCGCCGAGCCCAUCCGCUACUCCGUAGCCGAGGAGGCGGAAAGCGGCUCCCUGGUUGGCAACCUGGCGGAGGACGCGGGGCUCACGCCGGAGCAGCUCUCGGCUCGCCGCGCCCGCCUGGUCUCGGAGGACGGGCGGCAGCAUUUUCGCUUAGACCGCGCCUCCGGCCGCCUCGUCGUGGCGGGGAGGCUGGACCGGGAGGAGCUGUGCGGCCACUCCGGCACCUGCAUGCUCCCCUUCGAGCUGCUGCUCGCCAACCCCCUGCAGUAUUUUCGGGUCGAGGUGGCUCUGGAGGACAUCAAUGACCAUUCACCCGUUUUCCCCGAGGAACAAGUCAUCUUUAGGAUCCCCGAAACAAGCGACUGGGGUUCGCGUUUCCCGCUAGAGCGAGCUCAGGACCUUGAUGUUGGCAGCAAUAAUAUCCAGGCAUACAGCAUCUCUCCCGAGAGUCAGUACUUUAAUGUCUCUUAUGGGACUCGGAUCACAGGCAAGAAGUAUCUUGAACUUGUUUUGGAAAAGCCACUAGACAGAGAGGAACAGGCAGAGAUGGGUUUCAGUCUCAUUGCUGUAGAUGGGGGCUCUCCUCCCAGGAGUGGGACAACCCAAGUGAAAAUUGUCAUUCUAGAUGUAAAUGACAAUGCUCCCAUCUUCACACAGGAGGAGUACAUAGGGCAGGUAUUAGAGAACAUGCCAGAAGGCUCUGUGGUUCUGAGUGUGCUGGCAACAGAUCAGGAUGCCGGAGUUAAUGGGGACAUUUCCUAUCAACUCAGACAGGCAGUGGGCCAGAGCGACUCAGCGUUUGUGAUUGAUCCCAUCACUGGUGAAAUUAAACUCACAAAACCUCUGGACUUUGAGGCAGCAGAAACUCACGAGCUCAGUGUGAGGGCCACAGAUGGUGGGGGGCUCUCAGCAAUCUGCAAAGUGUUGGUGGAGGUGGUGGAUGUGAAUGACAAUGCCCCGGAGCUGGUGGUCAGUUCCUUCAGCAGUCCCCUCCCCGAGAACACAGCGCCUGGCACGGUGGUUGCCCUCUUUACGGUCAGGGACCGGGAUUCUGGUGCCAACGGGAAGAUCUCCUGUGCCCUCGAGGAUCAGCUCUUCUUCUCCCUGCGGCCAGCCUUUAAGAAUUACUAUGAGGUGGUGACAGUGAGCGCGCUGGACCGCGAGGAGACGGCUCAGUACAUCCUGACUGUCACAGCAGCAGAUGCGGGGUCCCCUCCCCUCACUACCACGCAGACCUUCAGCGUGGACAUCUCGGAUGUCAAUGACAAUGCCCCUGUGUUCAACCAGACGUCAUACACCAUGUAUGUGCGUGAGAACAACGUCCCCACGGUGUUUGUUGGAGCCGUCAGUGCUGCAGAUGCUGACGUGGGGCUCAAUGCCAAGGUGACCUAUUCCCUGGCCCCAGCCGAACCGGCAGAGCGGCCUUCCUGCUCCUGCAUCUCUGUGAACUCCGAGAACGGACACGUCUUUGUGCUGCGGCCCCUGGACUACGAGCAGUUGAGGCAGACCGAGGUCACAGUCAGUGCCUCUGACGCGGGGUCUCCUCCCCUCAGAGCCAACGUCACCCUCCGCCUUGUCGUGCUGGACGAGAAUGACAAUGCCCCGCUCGUGCUCUACCCAGCCCAGGACAGCAGCCCACCGUCCAGUGAGCUGGUGCCCGUGUCGGCUGAGGCGGGCUACCUCGUCACCAAAGUGGUGGCCGUGGAUGCCGACUCGGGACAGAACUCGUGGCUCUCGUACCACCUGCUGAGGGCCAGCGACCCCGGGCUGUUUACGGUGAGUGCCCAAAGCGGGGAGGUGCGUCUGAGGAGGCCGGUGACAGAGAGAGACACCGUGAAGCAGAAGCUCGUUGUCCUGGUGAGAGACAACGGGAAGCCCCCGCUGUCAGCCACCGCAGCUCUGAGCGCACUCGUGCUCAAGGACUUCUCAGACGUGCGCCUCCCGCACAGCAGUGCGGCCACAGAGGAUGAGGGCGGCUCCCUGACCACCUAUUUAAUCAUUUCCUUGGUCUUUGUCUCACUCCUCUUCCUCAUCUCCACCGCCGUCUUUGUCGCUCGCAAGGUGUGCAAGAGACAGGAGCUGAAGGCUGGCCAUGUGCUUUAUGGUGGCAACAACUUGCAGAGCGGCCUGGCCGAUGCAGCCGCUGCAGGGACCCUGCCCCACGCCUAUUGCUACGAGAUCAGCCUCACAACGGGCUCGGGCAACAGCGAGUUCAAAUUCCUCAAGCCCAUCCUCCCCAGCCUGCCACCACAGCACAGCGCCGUGGGCCAGGGCCCUGAUGAUGAACAGGAUUUCCCCAGUGUCCCUGUGAGCACAGAGGACAUGGCACCAGACAACCCUGGGACUCUCUCUGCAGGACACUUCAACCCUCUUUCCUUUAACUACCGCGGGCCGGGGCGAGCGGCAGCGCGGGCUGCGGGCGGCGGCGGGCGCAGUCCCAGCGCGCACCGCUGGGUGGUGCUCUCGGCCAAGGCGGCGCCGAGCGGCUGCGGCAGCGGAGGCGGCCGAGCCCGGACCAGCCCAGCCCAGACCAGCCCAGCCCAGCGCAGCGCAGCCCGGCUCAGAACAGCUCAGAACAGCUCAGAACAGCUCAGACCAGCACAGCUCAGCCCAGUGGAGCCGGGAGAAGGUGAGAGCGGCUGCGGCGGCGAGCGCUGCCCCGUAUCACCCGCUGCCGGGACACCGCGGCUGCGUUCCGGGCCGCCGGCGGAAUCGGAGCCAGCGACGGAAGGCGCCCGCCCCCCACUUCGCCGCUUUCCGCCGGGAAUCGCCCGGGAGAUCCCCGAGACCGAGGCCGCCGCCGCGCCAUGGCGAUCGCAAGCCGAGGAGGCGGAAAGCGGCUCCCUGGUUGGCAACCUGGCGGAGGACGCGGGGCUCACGCCGGAGCAGCUCUCGGCUCGCCGCGCCCGCCUGGUCUCGGAGGACGGGCGGCAGCAUUUUCGCUUAGACCGCGCCUCCGGCCGCCUCGUCGUGGCGGGGAGGCUGGACCGGGAGGAGCUGUGCGGCCACUCCGGCACCUGCAUGCUCCCCUUCGAGCUGCUGCUCGCCAACCCCCUGCAGUUCUUUCGGGUCGAGGUGGCUCUGGAGGACAUCAAUGACCAUUCACCCGUUUUCCCCGAGGAACAAGUCAUCUUUAGGAUUCCCGAAACAAGCGACUGGGGUUCGCGUUUCCCUCUGGAGGGUGCUCGGGAUCUCGAUAUUGGCAGCAAUAAUAUCCAGACAUACAGCAUCUAUCCCGAGAACGGGUACUUUAGUGUCUCCUUUGGCAGUCGAAGUGAAGAUGACAAAUAUAUUGAACUGGUCUUGGAAAAGCCACUAGACAGAGAGGAACAGGCAGAGAUGGAUUUCAGUCUCAUUGCUGUGGACGGUGGCUCUCCUCCCAAAAGUGGGACCACCCAAGUGAAAAUUGUCAUUCUAGAUGCAAAUGACAAUGCUCCCAUCUUCACACAAGAGUUGUACAUUGGGCAGGUAUUAGAGAACAUGCCAGAAGGCUCUGUGGUUCUGAGUGUGCUGGCAACAGAUCAGGAUGCCGGAGUUAAUGGGGACAUUUCCUAUCAACUCAGACAGGCAGUGGGCCAGAGCGACUCAGCAUUUGUGAUUGAUCCCAUAACCGGUGAAAUUAAACUCACAAAACCUCUGGACUUCGAGGAUUCAGAGCAUCACGAACUCCGUGUGAGGGCCACAGAUGGUGGGGGACUCUCAGCAAUCUGCAAAGUGUUGGUGGAGGUGGUGGAUGUGAAUGACAAUGCCCCAGAGCUGGUGGUCAGUUCCUUCAGCAGUCCCCUCCCCGAGAACACAGCGCCCGGCACGGUGGUUGCCCUCUUUACGGUCAGGGACCAGGAUUCUGGUGCCAACGGGAAGAUCUCCUGUGCUCUCGAGGAUCAGCUCUUCUUCUCCCUGCGGCCAGCCUUUAAGAAUUACUAUGAGGUGGUGACAGUGAGCGCGCUGGACCGCGAGGAGACGGCUCAGUACAUCCUGACUGUCACAGCAGCAGAUGCGGGGUCCCCUCCCCUCACUACCACGCAGACCUUCAGCGUGGACAUCUCGGAUGUCAAUGACAAUGCCCCUGUGUUCAACCAGACGUCAUACACCAUGUAUGUGCGUGAGAACAACGUCCCCACGGUGUUUGUUGGAGCCGUCAGUGCUGCAGAUGCUGACGUGGGGCUCAAUGCCAAGGUGACCUAUUCCCUGGCCCCAGCCGAACCGGCAGAGCGGCCUUCCUGCUCCUGCAUCUCUGUGAACUCCGAGAACGGACACGUCUUUGUGCUGCGGCCCCUGGACUACGAGCAGUUGAGGCAGACCGAGGUCACAGUCAGUGCCUCUGACGCGGGGUCUCCUCCCCUCAGAGCCAACGUCACCCUCCGCCUUGUCGUGCUGGACGAGAAUGACAAUGCCCCGCUCGUGCUCUACCCAGCCCAGGACAGCAGCCCACCGUCCAGUGAGCUGGUGCCCGUGUCGGCUGAGGCGGGCUACCUCGUCACCAAAGUGGUGGCCGUGGAUGCCGACUCGGGACAGAACUCGUGGCUCUCGUACCACCUGCUGAGGGCCAGCGACCCCGGGCUGUUUACGGUGAGUGCCCAAAGCGGGGAGGUGCGUCUGAGGAGGCCGGUGACAGAGAGAGACACCGUGAAGCAGAAGCUCGUUGUCCUGGUGAGAGACAACGGGAAGCCCCCACUGUCAGCCACCGCAGCUCUGAGCGCACUCGUGCUCAAGGACUUCUCAGACGUGCGCCUCCCGCCCAGCAGUGCGGCCACAGAGGAUGAGGGCGGCUCCCUGACCACCUAUUUAAUCAUUUCCUUGGUCUUUGUCUCACUCCUCUUCCUCAUCUCCACCGCCGUCUUUGUCGCUCGCAAGGUGUGCAAGAGACAGGAGCUGAAGGCUGGCCAUGUGCUUUAUGGUGCCGACAACUUGCAGAGCGGCCUGGCCGAUGCAGCCGCUGCAGGGACCCUGCCCCACGCCUAUUGCUACGAGAUCAGCCUCACAACGGGCUCGGGCAACAGCGAGUUCAAAUUCCUCAAGCCCAUCCUCCCCAGCCUGCCACCACAGCACAGCGCCGUGGGCCAGGGCCCUGAUGAUGAACAGGAUUUCCCCUGUGUCCCUCGGCUGCGGCGGCGAGCGCUGCCCCGUAUCACCCGCUGCCGGGACACCGCGGCUGCGUUCCGAGCCGCCGGCGGAAUCGGAGCCAGCGACGGAAGGCGCCCGCCCCCCACUUCGCCGCUUUCCGCCGGGAAUCGCCCGGGAGACCCCCGAGACCGAGGCCGCCGCCGCCGCCGCGCCAUGGCGAUCGCAAGGCAAGUGCUUUGUCUGUGUGCUUUCCUGUCCGUGCCGCACGCUCGCGCCGAGCCCAUCCGCUACUCCGUAGCCGAGGAGGCGGAAAGCGGCUCCCUGGUUGGCAACCUGGCGGAGGACGCGGGGCUCACGCCGGAGCAGCUCUCGGCUCGCCGCGCCCGCCUGGUCUCGGAGGACGGGCGGCAGCAUUUUCGCUUAGACCGCGCCUCCGGCCGCCUCGUCGUGGCGGGGAGGCUGGACCGGGAGGAGCUGUGCGGCCACUCCGGCACCUGCAUGCUCCCCUUCGAGCUGCUGCUCGCCAACCCCCUGCAGUUCUUUCGGGUCGAGGUGGCUCUGGAGGACAUCAAUGACCAUUCACCCGUCUUUCCCGAGGAACGAGUUACUUUCCAGAUCCCGGAAAUGAGUGAGCUGGGCUCUCGUUUCCCUCUGGAGGCGGCUCGGGACCUUGAUAUUGGCAGCAACACAGUCCAUGCAUACAGCAUCUCUCCCGAGAACGAGUACUUUAGUGUCUCCUAUGGGAGUCGGAAUAAUGGAGACAAAUAUGUUGAACUUGUUUUGGAAAAGUCACUAGACAGAGAGGAACAGGCAGAGAUGGGUUUUAGUCUCAUUGCUGUGGACGGUGGCUCUCCCCCUAGAAGUGGGACCAUCGAGAUUUCUAUUAUCAUUCUAGAUGUAAACGACAAUGCUCCCAUCUUCACACAAGAGCGUUACAUAGGGAAGGUUCUGGAAAACAUGCCAGAAGGCUCUGUGGUUCUGAGUGUGCUGGCAACAGAUCAGGAUGCUGGAGUUAACGGGGACAUUUCCUAUCAACUCAGACAGGCAGUGGGCCAGAGCGACUCAGCGUUUGUGAUUGAUCCCAUAACCGGUGAAAUUAAACUCACAAAACCUCUGGACUUCGAGGCAGCAGAGACUCACGAGCUCAGUGUGAGGGCCACAGAUGGUGGGGGGCUCUCAGCAAUCUGCAAAGUGUUGGUGGAGGUGGUGGAUGUGAAUGACAAUGCCCCGGAGCUGGUGGUCAGUUCCUUCAGCAGUCCCCUCCCCGAGAACACAGCGCCUGGCACGGUGGUUGCCCUCUUUACGGUCAGGGACCGGGAUUCUGGUGCCAACGGGAAGAUCUCCUGUGCCCUCGAGGAUCAGCUCUUCUUCUCCCUGCGGCCAGCCUUUAAGAAUUACUAUGAGGUGGUGACAGUGAGCGCGCUGGACCGCGAGGAGACGGCUCAGUACAUCCUGACUGUCACAGCAGCAGAUGCGGGGUCACCUCCCCUCACUACCACGCAGACCUUCAGCGUGGACAUCUCGGAUGUCAAUGACAAUGCCCCUGUGUUCAACCAGACGUCAUACACCAUGUAUGUGCGUGAGAACAACGUCCCCACGGUGUUUGUUGGAGCCGUCAGUGCUGCAGAUGCUGACGUGGGGCUCAAUGCCAAGGUGACCUAUUCCCUGGCCCCAGCCGAACCGGCAGAGCGGCCUUCCUGCUCCUGCAUCUCUGUGAACUCCGAGAACGGACACGUCUUUGUGCUGCGGCCCCUGGACUACGAGCAGUUGAGGCAGACCGAGGUCACAGUCAGUGCCUCUGACGCGGGGUCUCCUCCCCUCAGAGCCAACGUCACCCUCCGCCUUGUCGUGCUGGACGAGAAUGACAAUGCCCCGCUCGUGCUCUACCCAGCCCAGGACAGCAGCCCACCGUCCAGUGAGCUGGUGCCCGUGUCGGCUGAGGCGGGCUACCUCGUCACCAAAGUGGUGGCCGUGGAUGCCGACUCGGGACAGAACUCGUGGCUCUCGUACCACCUGCUGAGGGCCAGCGACCCCGGGCUGUUUACGGUGAGUGCCCAAAGCGGGGAGGUGCGUCUGAGGAGGCCGGUGACAGAGAGAGACACCGUGAAGCAGAAGCUCGUUGUCCUGGUGAGAGACAACGGGAAGCCCCCACUGUCAGCCACCGCAGCUCUGAGCGCACUCGUGCUCAAGGACUUCUCAGACGUGCGCCUCCCGCCCAGCAGUGCGGCCACAGAGGAUGAGGGCGGCUCCCUGACCACCUAUUUAAUCAUUUCCUUGGUCUUUGUCUCACUCCUCUUCCUCAUCUCCACCGCUGUCUUUGUCGCUCGCAAGGUGUGCAAGAGACAGGAGCUGAAGGCUGGCCAUGUGCUUUAUGGUGCCGACAACUUGCAGAGCGGCCUGGCCGAUGCAGCCGCUGCAGGGACCCUGCCCCACGCCUAUUGCUACGAGAUCAGCCUCACAACGGGCUCGGGCAACAGCGAGUUCAAAUUCCUCAAGCCCAUCCUCCCCAGCCUGCCACCACAGCACAGCGCCGUGGGCCAGGGCCCUGAUGAUGAACAGGAUUUCCCCAGUGUCCCUGUGAGCGCAGAGGACGUGGCACCAGACAAUCCUGGGACUCUCUCUGCAGGACACUUCAACACUCUUUCCUUUAACUAGCACAGGGUCUGUAAAGCUGGACACUUUAUGGGUGAUGGUAGAAAGGGAUCCAGGCUGUAGCCUGUGGCAACGGUUCUUCCAGAGCAAACCCGUGUUUCCAAUUGGCAUAUCCAAUUUCCCUCAAAUUCUUAGUCAGAUUAAAAGUCGUCUCCUAAUCGAAAACCACAAAGAAGCAAAUAAAAGACAGUCAGAUUCUCUCCCUCAGGCAAUCAUAUAUUUCACCUGUGUUACAGCCGUUUCCGAUAGGCUUUAAGAAUGGGGUUAGCACUCCAGCCUAUGCUCUUGUCUCUCUUCCUGUCAGACCAGACCAUGAACCUCUUACUCAUUGCUAGAACACAAUGGCACAGUUGGGAAGACAAAUCUCACUCUUGCUGAAACGGCUCAAAGCCUUUUUCGCAGCUCAGAAAAGCCAGGUAGUUCUGAAUACUGGGUCCCAACAUUCUGCUAGCACAGGGCUUUUUCUUUCUGCAGUUCUGAAUGUCUCUAUCUGAGGUUUGUGGGCUGUGUGUGUUACACUUUCCUCUCAGUAUGUCUGUCUGUUCAGCCAUUGUGUGCCUGCAGAUGUUUCACUAGUGCUGCCCAGAGAAACAGGAGUUGCUCCCACCCAGCCUUUGCAAUGCAGAUGGUUCCAGCUCUGUAGAGUAGAAGGCUAUUUUGGCCGUAUGGGUAUAGGGGUGUCAUCUUCAUCAAGGCAGAGAGGAGAAGGAAAAUGCACAAGAAAAUCUUCCUUUGGCCUAUGUGUGGGUUUGGUGUUCUGUCUCCCUCAGGUUGUCUUGGAAAUACAGCAGCAUUAGGUUAGAUGUGUUAGGGUAGGCUGUAACUGUAGAGAUUUGUGAACACGUGUUCAUUGUCUUUGGGUGAAUGAAAAUGCCACAUGUCCAUCAGGGAUAAUUUUGGGAAGUUAGAAUCAAGAAGAACUUGGAAAAAGGACUUUGAGGUUUGUUUCCUCAUUCUUGUUUCUGCAAUCAGUGGCUUCUUGUUCACAGUAGAAAGCUGUCCCUACAGGAUUUUCUCCAUGUGUGUUAGAGCAUGAGCAUUCCCAUUUUUGCCCUUUCUCCUCCUCUCUGACCUGUACUGAGCAUUGUUUCCCAGUUCCUCCACAGCAGGACUGCCACCCCAUAUAUAUAACUGGUAUAUAAUAUAUAACAACUGGUUGUUUGAAUGAUGUCCGUGAUGCAUGGAAUAUUCAGAAAGCCUUCCUCCCGCUGUGUUGUGCUGAAGUUACACAGUUUAACACUGUAAGCUUGGAUAGCCCUGAGUUUAGAAAUUGAAAAAAUGUGUAAGACUGAAAUAAAGAGAACAUCCUCACUCUUUUUGUGGACACAGAA